GAGGCGGGAUUCUGAGAUAUUUGUCCUUCAUUAUCUGUUCAUAAAGGGAGCGCGAAUCUUGAAGAAAUCGAAGCACUCCAUUUCUUUGAUUUCUUUGAUUUCUUUGAUUUUGGAGAAAAAAAUUAAGGAAAUAGUUAAACAAAGGAAGAGGAGAGAAUAAAGUGGAAGCGGAUGUUGACAAAUUUCGGGUCACUUCAUUGGGAGUUUGUUCGCUUGUUUGUUGUGGGUAUUGCAGAUUUCCCUUCUAGGAUCUCUCUCUAAAAGACCUCUUCUCUAUCUUUUCAUCUCAAAAACUUUGAAAUCUCUGCUUCUUUUCUUCAACCCCAUGACGAUCUAAACCCCUUUUCUCAUGGCUUUCCGAUAUUCCCAACUUGUUCUUAAUCAUUUUUGAUAUCUAUUGCUUUAUUAUUGUCUUUGAUGGAGGGAGUUCGAUGAGAUUCUGAAUGGGGAUUCUCGUUAUUUGUUGAAUCCGAGAGCGAUUUUUGAUUGUGCGGUGUUCGAUUGAGGAAUGGGAACUAAAGUGCAAUGCAAAAGUUACUUGCCAGGAUUUUACCCAAUGAGGGAACUUAACAAUGAUACUAGCAGCCAUAAUUGGCACCUAUUUUAUGGUGAAAGAGCCUUCACAAAUGCACAAUAUCCCAAUGUGUUCUUUCCAAGAACUAACACAAAUGGAUAUCUAGGCGAUGAUAAGAACGUGGUGAAGCAGAAAAUGCUUGAACAUGAGGCCAUCUUCAAGAAUCAGGUGUUCGAACUGCAUCGUCUAUACCGAAAACAACGAGAUCUAAUGGCUAAAAUCAAAUCUACAGAGCUUUGCAGAAAUCAGUUAGCUGUAGACUCAUUGCUCUCUUCUAGCCCCAUGACAUCUCAAGUUACUUCUGAAGAUGGUUCGAGACGGAAUCUGCCAUAUUUUCGUGUGGGGAAUUCGUCUAAUGCCAGGUUUUCUAUUUCAGGUGUUGAAGAAGUUCAUUCUUCUAUGAUUUCUAGCCAGAAGCCUUUUUUUUUUUCAUUACAAAACGACACGAGGGACGUGCAGGUUCUCGAAUCCAGACCGACAAAGUUUAGACGAAAAGUGUUGGAUCUUCAGCUCCCUGCUGAUGAGUACAUUGAUAGUGAGCCUGACAUAUCAAGUCACCAUCACAACAAGAACCAAAUGAUUGAUCUUGGAAGGGAUAUCAAGUUCUAUGCUGCUGAUGAUGGCGAGCAGCCUGGUUGCCCGCAAAAUGCUCGUAAAUCGGGCGCUCGUUUUGAAAAGAAUACAAGUUGUUCAAGUGAUUUGGAUAAUAAUAACAUUCUUCAGGGACUUCAAACUAAAAUAUGGCCUGUUUCUUCUCAACCUGUAAGUUCUCUCUAUGAACUUCAUGAAGCUCCAUUGUUUCAUUCAACAGAUAAAGAUAGUGUAGAACAGUCGAGAGACGGGUCGGUUUUCGGUUGGCAGUUUACCAAAAGAUGUCAUGAGAAGAUCAAGGGUGAACCAUUGAGCUCGAGCUCGUUCGUCCCUAUGCCUCCUGAUUUUAUUAAGUUCUCAUACUAUAACAGGGCUGUUCUUGGGUGUUCAUCUGAGUUCAAGGAAGAAAUGGGGCACCCCUCUUCUGUCAGCUGCAACUUUUGGAAGCAGGGUAAUGGUAACGAUCGAACUCCGAAAGACUUGAGCCCUUCCAUUGCGUUGAAACUCCUCGAGGACUCGAGUUCUGUGGACAUGAAAUGUACAAAAGAGAGAGGUUUUAAAGAAAAUUGUACAUUGUUGCCUUGGCUCAGAGGAAAAACUGGUCAUUUGCUUAGUGAUGAUAUCUUCAACAAAGAGUUUGAAUCAGACAAGUCUUGUAAGAGUCAAAAACUAAGAACAUUAUCAGUUUCUGAGGGAUUGCAGGAUCCCAAGAAAGCAGUAUUUGAUAUCAACUUGCCUUGUGAUCCUUUGGUUGCUGAAUUGAAUGCACCAAAAGUUCUCAUUGAUUUGAACUUGAGUCUAAGCGACGACGACGAAGAACAUUUGAUACCGACACCUAAAUCGAAUGUCCGAACGUGGGGAGAGAUAGAUUUGGAGGAGGCUCCUGCAAGUACUGAUGAAAUUAGAGAAACCACGCCCGAAUUAGACUCGAAAUGGCGAUACGAAGCCGUAAACGAACAAGAUGGGGUCAUGGAAUUAGCAGCAGAGGCAAUAGUUUCCAUUGCUUCAUCUGUUUGUGACAGCCAUUUGGAGGAUUGUAUGGACAAUGCCUUUGAUUUGUUGGUGGAGAUGGCUGUCUUAUAUUCAAAUGAUGAUGAAAAUGAGUAUGAAGAAGGGAUGGAUUCGUUUGAAUCCAUGACAUUGGGGCUAGCAGAAGCCAAGGAAGAGGAGUAUAUGCCUAAGCCACUGGUUCUUCCAGGGCAUAUAACAAUGGAAGAAGAUGCAGCUAAUGUACUGCAAAGCCGCCCUCGGAAAGGGCGGGCAAGGCGAGGCAGGCAACGGAGGGACUUCCAAAGGGACAUACUUCCAGGCCUUACUUCUCUAUCAAGACAAGAAGUUACAGAAGAUCUUAACACAUUUGGAGGGCUAAUGAGGGCAAUGGGUCAUGCGUGGAAUUCGAGCUCGACGAAGAGGAACUCGUUGAGAAACGCUGCGUGUGGCAGAGGAAGGCGACGAUCCAUGACUAGCAGCAGCAGCAGCAGCCCCUCUACACAGCCAGCUGAGAAUGUUCCUAGUAAUGCUGAUGCUGCUGAUGAGAUGGGACUUGACAAUAGGAGGCUGACAGGGUGGGGGAAGGCGACGAGACGGCCCCGUCGACAACGAGUCCCGGUCGGUAAUCUUGCAACGAUUGUGCUUUAGUUUAGAGAUGGUUUGGAUUGUACAUUUUUGAGCUCAAAUGCUUGUCCUUCCUAUAUCUAUCUAUAGCAGAAACAUUAGGUCUUGCUUAGAUUACAAUGAUGGAUCUAUUGGUCUCAGAUUUGAAUAUAUUUAUCUCUGUUUUCUAUACAAAUGAAGCCAUUGUUUUGUAUU